GUGUUGGUUGUUUAUACCGGAAGAGAGAGAAACUCCUCCGCUCCAAACCGAAACGCAGAUAAAUCCAGCUGUUCGGGAAGCUGUGGAGGGGAUGUGGGGAUUAGUCUGUGCUCGGUCGGUUUCAGGAUUGUUCCAGAAACAAAUCAUUUGUCGUCGUGCAUUAAAAAUGCCGUGUAGUUACUAUGAUGUGGUGAGGUGUAGACCGGUUCCGUUAUUAAGAGCCACACCUUGUCGUGCUUUAAUCGAUGAGCUGAUCACUCUGAAGGCACAUCAUCUGCCACGAAACUCCCCCGUGACCAUGAGAGCUCGGAUGACAUGUGAGGAUGGACAUUUGUGGCAGUCAGUCGCUCACUACCACGCUGAUGAGGAUGGAGUCGUAGACUUGACAAAACACCCCUCGGUUGGUGGUUCAUAUGUUGGCUGUGAACCAAUGGGCCUGUUUUGGAGUCUACAGCCUGCACUUGGUGACAAACAAGAUCUGAGGUUGAGAAAGAAAAAUGUCGAGACGCCAUUCACAGUGGACGUGUCUGUGCUGGAAGGCCAUGUUUCCUCCAAGGACGAGCAGAUUAACGGAGUGCGUGAGCUGGUUACUGUCACACUUCAGCGCUCGUACAUGGCGCCGGGUGUGAGGAGGAUCGAAAUACGGCAAAACGGAGUGGUGGGGACUCUAUUCCUCCCUCCAGGUCCAGGUCCGUUUCCUGCAGUUUUAGAUCUGUGGGGUUUGGGUCGAGGCCUCGUGGAGUAUCGGGCUGCUCUGUUUGCCUCACACGGCCUGGCGAGCAUGACUUUAGCCUACUUCGAUCAUAAAGAUCUUCCUGGACCCCCAAAACGUGUCAAUGUGGGAGGCUCCUACUUCAAGGCGGCGUGGCAGGUUCUGCGUGAUCACCCACAGGUGUGUGAGGACCGGAUUGCCAUCAUUGGGAUUUCAUUUGGCGUCUUCGUAGCUCUAUGGAUCGCUACGGCCCUUUCAGUUAAUCCAAGGUGUGUGAUUUGCAUCAGUGGACCAUUCUGCAGCACCAACAAGUUAUUUGCGGAAAAUGGGCAGAAUGUUGAUGAAGAGCAAAAGCACUGGCACAUUGAUGAUCAAGGCUACGUCAGUUUCGGGGUGUCCUCUUUACCCUGUAACAUUCCACCGGAAAACUUUAUUCAGAUUGAGAAACUGCUCUGCCCUCUGCUGUUCAUCAUCGGGGAGGAUGAUUUAUGCUGUCCGUCUACAGAGAAUGCAGAUGAGAUUGAAAGACGACUCCACGCAGCAGGUAAAUCGCACCUGUUUAGUCGCGUGUCAUACCCUGGAGCUGGUCACCUGAUCGAGCCACCGUACACACCCACUUGCCACACUUCCAUCUGGGCCAGUCAACCCAGUCAAUCGAUGAUUCAGUGGGGAGGAAACCUGGAGCAACACGCAGCCGCUCAGGAGGACUCAUGGCCACGCAUCCUGACGUUUCUGGAAAGUAACUUCAGAAGGAAGGACAACGCUUAAUGUCGAACACACCCUUUUCGCCUCUGCCUUAGUUGUGUCCUGAGAGAGUUGCUCAUCUCAGGAGUCGUUUACGUUAUCCGCUGAAGUGAAAUGCAUCGGAUGAUCAUUAGAUACGGGUGGUGUCGAUAUCAAGGCGUGGACAUCCGAAGCACUUACCCAGAAGAUGUUUGGAUAAGGGAGUCUGCUAAAUUCUGUCAGUGUCCUUAGAUUACAAGUAGUUUAUGCAUUUACAAGUAUUUUAUAUAAAUCAAAUCAAAUGGAUUCAUGAUGCAAAUUUGAUAAAUAACAUCUUUAUACAAAACGUCCGACAGAAUCAUUGCUGCUUAGAAUGGAAACAAACCGACGAAAUGACAGGAGCAAUUUGUGAAAAUAUAAGAAUAAUUCUUGAAAAAUAAAAAAAAGAUACGUUCUUACCAUGAAAUACUUUCAUCCCAUAUUUUGGUACUUUUUUUUUUUUUUUUGAGGUUUUGUUUUCAAAUAGACCCUGUGUCCAAAAUCACUCACUCGUUCACUACU